AUGCCGGCCUCACCUCCGGAAGAGUUGAGCAACAAGGCUGUUGAUGCUCUGUGGACAGCUGCGUUGGAUGUUGUGAAGGACAAUUUCAAUGCUGCGGAGCACCUUCCCAAAAAAGUCUACGAUUUCCUGCUACCAAUAGCUGCUUCGACGUGCCAAGGCCUCUUCUCCACUGUCAUGAUGUUUGCGGCUGCCAUGCCUGCCCUCUCCAAUGGCGCUAGCGUGCGCGUGUGGAACCAGAAGCCUAGCCCCUUGGCUUUGCUUGUGUUGCACAUGGCGCCACCUCAGCGUGGAAAGUCACGGCUCUUUCAAGCAGUGGAACUUAUGUUCGAAACUGCAGAUGACUUUGUCGCGAAGCUCGCCAAGGAGCAAGCAGAUCAAGUAGCCGCCAAGUUGGCACCUCCCGUGGAAGGUGCCGGGCCUUACCCUGAGCUGCAAAUCACGACCAAAUCCAUUUCCCUUCAGAGCUUUACAAUGACGGAAUUCUUCUACAGGUGCUCCGUUGAAUUCCCACAAGUCGAAAUUGCUGGGAAUAAGAAGGACAAAACCGCUGCGCGGGUAUGGUACGGGCAGGCGUUCAACCUGGAUGAGUGCUACGAGUUUCUGGAGCAAAUUGGCUUGUUGGGUGCUCGAGGGGACCGUGGUGACAAGCCUUCCGGCCCAGUGAAUUCCCACGCAAGCACUUUGAACACAUUGGUGCAGCGUGGGAAGACUAAGCGAGCCACUCGAACUUCAACCUCUUAUGAAAGUUCACGGACUCAGCACAUUGCUCUUUCCAUUCUUGGCAAUGGGCACCCAUCCAAACUCAUCAGCAUGGAGCGUGGAUUGGAAGGUGGGCACACUGCUGCCACUAGGGAAAGGUUCUUAUUUGCUGUGGAUGUAUCCACAGCAAGGCAUGGAAAAUUGCCAAAAGAUCUCCUGCGAGCAGAUGAUGAGCUCCCAGCUUGGACAUGGUUGCCUCUGACCCCUCUACAAGCAACCAUCUUCCGGUGGACUAGCCUGCUGAACAACCCACGCCAUUUUGAGGACAUGUCAAAGAUAGAAGAUGAGUCAGACGAGGAAGGGUACCCGGCCGUCCUCCCCGAUGGCGUCAGGUCAAGGGUUCGCUACAUCGAGGGGACAGACACCAACAGUCAGACUGUGGUGGUGCGGACAGAGUGGCGAAUCAGCGGGCGGUGGCUUCUGCACAUUUGCGAAGGUGCGCGCAGGGUCUGCCACCAUUUUGAGAAGAGGCCGCAUUCGGUCCUGACUUUGCGUGAAGAUGCGCAGCGAUUGCUCUUGGGCCACUUGGAUGCAUUAUUGUUGCCGCCCUUGUCGCCAGUCGCCGUGCCUUGCCCACCUCACUCCUUUGCCCCACCUGCACCAACACAAGCUCCACCUUCCCAGCCGGGCCUUCAUGAAGAGGGGCAGACCGUGCCUGCAGAGCCUGAUGCGCAUGUGCCAGUGGAUGUGCCGGCAGGAGUCUUGCAAGAUGAGGAAGACAACUCUGGAGAAAUGCCUGCGCCUGUUCCUCUGAAGUUUUCUGAUUUGGAAGCGCCAGAAACCUUCUUCGCCAAAGGGUUCGGCAACAACAAUUCAAUGCUGCUUGCCUCCCCGGAUGGUCUUCUCAAGGACCGCGAGCUUGUGCAGAAAUUGCUUUUGCUCGGACGCAGCGAAAUCAAAAUGUCCAAGGUUGUAGACGUCUAUCAUGUGGUCAAGCGGGUUGACGGAAAGAGGCGGAAAGCUCGACCAAGCCAAGCGACUGUUUCUCGCCAUAUUGCUCUUCUUUUUGAAGGCGACAAAGGUGUUAAAUUUCAAAAGUCUGGGUGGGUUCAGGUGGAAAUGGCGCCCUAA